UCGGGUAAGCGAAGAGAAACAAGAUGGCAGCUGCUCUGUGGUUGAGCUGUGGCCGCAGGGGGGUCGUGAGGCUGCUUCUGGGCUGGCGGCCAGCUGUGGGUGCUGGCGCGUUUUUCCCCGACCGAGGAGGCUGGAGGCGUCUGCACGGGACCCGAAAGCUACUGGGUACACCUGGUAUUAAAGUUCUCAUGCCUGCACUUUCUCCUACAAUGGAAGAAGGAAACAUUGUGAAAUGGUUAAAAAAGGAAGGUGAAACAGUGAAUGCUGGAGAUGCAUUGUGUGAAAUUGAAACAGACAAAGCGGUGAUUACCAUGGAAUCAAGUGAUGAUGGCAUAUUGGCUAAAAUAUUGGUGGAAGAAGGAAGCAAAAAUGUACGCUUGGGCUCGCUAAUCUGUCUGCUGGUAGAGGAAGGACAGGACUGGAAGCAAGUUGAAAUACCAGCUGACGGUAGUGAUCCAUCUUCUCUGGCUCCACCAGUACCUGCUCUUACCUCAACUCCUGCAGGUCCUUCUGUUUCAGCCCCUUUUAAAGUGGAACAGAAACCUGGAAAAUUGCAGAUUCGCUUAAGUCCUGCAGCUCGCAACAUUCUGGAAACACAUGGACUAGAUCAAAGCAAUAUUACUCCUUCUGGGCCUCGAGGAAUCUUCACUAAAGAGGAUGCUCUCAAACUUCUGCAAGUGAAGCAGAAGGGCAAACCCAGUGAAUUGAAACCUGUGGUUUCUCCAGCUCUUCCCCAGCCUACUGCAGUGCAGCUUUCUUCACAAGCAACAGCUAUGGCUUCUGCUUAUCCAAGGCCAGCAGUUCCACCAGUUUCCACACCAGGACAAUCUGCUGCACUGGGCACAUUCACAGAAAUCCCAGCUAGCAACAUCCGAAGAGUUAUUGCUAAGAGAUUAACAGAAUCUAAAACUACUAUACCUCAUGCAUAUGCUGCUGCUGACUGUGACAUCGAUGCUAUUUUGAAACUAAGAAAACAAUUGGCCAAAGAUGACAUUAAAGUAUCUGUAAAUGAUUUUAUUAUCAAGGCAACUGCUGUUACUCUGAAGCAAAUGCCAGAUGUGAAUGUAAUCUGCAAUGGAGAAGUCUGCAGGCAGCUGCAAUCCAUUGACAUUUCUAUUGCUGUGGCAACAGACCGAGGUCUCAUUACACCAAUCAUAAAAGAUGUUGCUGCCAAAGGAAUAAAGGAAAUUGCCGCCUCUGCAAAGGCUUUAGCAAAGAAAGCAAGAGAUGGAAAACUGUUACCGGAAGAGUAUCAGGGAGGAUCUUUCAGAAUGAAACUCCGUGUGAUGAUUCUGAGGGCUGUACCUACACUGUGUCCUGUGUCAGGAUGAAACAGUUAUCUUGACAUAGGUUUAUUUCAUCUGAACCUGGUGUGAAAUUUGUAUUUUUCAUACUGAGACCAAUCUGACUUUUAUUUUUGCACCUAAUUUUUCCCAAUUGCAGAAGUAUUUUGUUGUUAGGUUGUUGGUUUUGUGUGUGUGUGUUUUUGUUGUUGUUCUUAUUGUUGUUCUUAUCGUUGGUUGGGGGGCAGGGGGAGGAGUGUUUCUUUGUUUAUUUUGCGGGUUUUGUUUGGUUGUGUUUUUGUUUGUUUUUUAAAUUGCACUCUGUAGUUAGUAGAAGACACUGAUAAUAGUUUAAAUAUAUUAAAAGGAGUUGUUUGGCAGAAGUAUCACAGCAGACAGUGAUGUCCAGUUUGUCUUCAAUUCACUCUUGAGUAGAAUAUCUCUAGAGGGGCAAAAAAAGUUUCAACAAAGGUGUGGUGUUAACUCUUACAGUUACUUUUAACUAAAACAUUAAAAACUGAUUCAAUCAAUUUUAAAUAGCAACAUACAUUUAGUAAAUAUUUUUUUCUAUAAAACAUACUCUGCAAAAAGAGUGAGUGAACUCAGCAAUGAGAAAUAAGUGGCAUGUGUAAAACUAACAUAAAUGUAGUGGCACAGUUGCACAAUUAAUUUCUCAAUCAAUUUUUUGUACUUCCCAAGUUUCUAAAACUGUUAAUGUAUUCUGUUUUGUGACAUGGUUAUCAUCAAGCAACAUUUUUGUUAUAUAAAAUUUAGCUCAGCUCACUUCUUUGUCAAUUUUUGAAAAGCUAAAUCUGAAUGCAUAUUUCAAUCAUAUAUUCUAGAAUAGAUAAUUUGUGAUGAGAGUAAUAAUACAGACUUCUGCAGAAACAUUGCUAUAAUGUAUAUUAACAUAUGGGUUGCAACUCUCUGGAGUAUGUGUCCCUCAUGCCAGAGGAGUGGUCAAAAAAAAAUAUCUCUAAGCCUUUCAGCAGAAAAAAUCAUGGAACUGUAACAGUUUCUGAGACAGAAACACAAACUGCCAUCAGAAAAAAAGAGGGGGGGAUCCUCUAUCCUCACUAGGCUGAAGACAGUAGCUUAAAGGAAAGGAGUGAAUGGAGACAAGUCGAUGCUCAGGGUGGCAAGUGAACCCCCUCCUUGCCUUCCCAGGUGCCUCUGUAUAACAGGUAUGAGGCUCUGGAUGUGGAAGGCCAGUCAAUGGAUGUGGAGAAUGAAGGUCCGUGUACAUGGGAGGUGUUGCCAAGGUCAGAAAGGCCUACCCCCCAUAUCACGACUGCUUCUAUGAGGAAGAAAAGAUGGGUUACAGUUGUAGGCAACUCCCUUUUGAGGAGAGCAGAGGGUCCAAUAAGCUGGGAACAGGGUUAAGGACAUCAUUAGGAAACUUUCUAGCCUUGUAUGGCCCUCAGACUAUUACUCGUUCCUGUUUUUUCAUGUGAGAGGCAAUGAAGCAGUGACCUGUAGUCCAAGGGCAAUCAAAAUAAACUUCAGGGCCUUGGGAGGGUGGGUAAGGACAUCUGGACCAUGGGUUAUUUUUUUCCUCUCUCCUUCCAGUUGCAGGCAGUGACACUGGAAGAAACAAAUGGACCUGAUCUAUUAAUAAAUGUUUUUGUGGCUCUUAUCACUGCCUCAGUUUUGGGGUUUUCAAUAAUUGGAUGGUGUUACAUGGUAUCAGGCUUGCUGGUGUUGGUUGGGAUUCACCUUUCUCAAAGGGAAAAGAGGAUCUUUGCUCACAAGCUUGUGGGGCUCAUUGACAGAGCUUAAACUAGACAUGAAGGGGGAUAAUAUCAGGCUUGCCCAUGACACACCAAGGUUAGAGGGAUAGGAUGCUUGUGAGGGCUCUCAGCCCGUUGCUCUGAGACAUUCUGGUUACAUUGGAGCACACUUGAAGUCUUACAGAGAUGAGUCAGCAUCUCCUGAGAUAAUUGGAGCAAACAGGGAAACACCAGUAAGAAGGUGACAUAGAAUCGUUUUGGUUGGAAGAGACCCUCAAGAUCAUAGAUUCAAACUGUUAACCUAACUAUGGCACUAAACCAUGUCCCUAAGAACCUCAUUUACACAUGUUUUGAACACCUCCAUGGAUGGUCGCUCAAACCUUCCGUGGGCAGCUUGACCUUUCCGUGAAGAAAUUUUUCUAAAUUUAUGGUCUAAACUGCCCCGGCACAACUCAAGGCCAUUUCUUCUCAUCCUAUCACUUACUGCUUGGGAGAAUAGACCAGCACCCUCCAUGCUACAUCCUUCUUUCAGAUAGUUGUAGAGAGCGAUAUCAUCUCCCCUGAGUCUCCUUUUCUCCAGGCUAAACAAUCCCAGUGCCCUCAGCUGCUCCUCAUAAGACUUGUUUUCUAGACCCUUCACCACCUUCAUUGUCCUUCUCUGAACUCUCUCCAGUACCUCAAUGUUUUUCUUGUAGUGAGCGACCCAAAACUAAACACGGUAUUUGAGGUGCAGCCUCACCAUUGCCAAGUACAGGAGGACAAUUGCUUCCUUAGUUGUGCUGGCCACACUAUUCCUGACACAAGCCAGGAUGCUCUUGGCCUUUUUGGCCACCUGGACACACUGCUGGCUCAUAUUCAGCCAGCUGUCAACCAACACCCCCGGGUCCUUUUGCACCAGGUAGCUUUCAGCCACUCUUCCCCAUGCCUGUAGCAUUGCAUGAGGUUGUUGUGGCCCAAUUGCAGGACCCAGCACUUGGCCUCGUUGAACCUCAUACAAUUGGCCUCAGUCCAUCGAUCCAGCCUGUCCAGAUGCCAAUGUAGAGCCUUUCUACACUUGAGCAGAUCAACACUCCUGCCCAGCCUGGUGUCACCUGCAAACUUACUGAGGGUGCACUCAAUCCCCCUCAUCCAGAUAAUUGAUAAAGAUAUUAAACAGAACUAGCCCCAAUAUUGAACCCUGGGGUACACCACUUGGGACUGGCCACCAACUGGAUUUCACUCCGUUCACCAGAAGUCUUUGGGACUGGCCAUCCAGCCAGGUCUUUACCCAGCAAAGAGUAUGCCCAUCCAAGCCAUGAGCUGACAGAUUCUCUAGGAGAAUGCUGUGGGAACAUGCUGGGACAUGACUGUCAGCCCUGCUGAAGUGCCUGUGCUCUGAUACAUGCUGCAUGCGCAACAAACAGGAGGGAGCCACUGUGCUGCUAGACCUAAGCUAUGACCUAGUUGACAUUACUGAAACUUGGUGGGAGAAAUCCCAUGACUGGACUGUUGCUAUCAAUGACUACAGGCUGCUCAGACAGGACAGGUGAGAAAGGAAGGGUGGAGGGCUUGCCCUCUACAUCAAGAAUGUCAAGAGCUGUUUCUGAAAAUAGCCACAAGCAGGUUGGAAAGCUCAUGGGUAAGAAUUAGACACCAAGGCAACAAAGGGAACUUUGCGCUUGGUGUCUAAUGCGGGUCACCUGAUCAAAAGAAGUGUAUUGAUGAAGCCUUCUUACUCCAGCUACGGGGGUCAUUGACUUGCAAGCUUUUCUCCUGCUGGGGCACUUCAACCUUCCUGACAUCUGCUCAGCACAGCAAGCUGUAGGCAAUCCAAGAGAUUCCUGGAGUGCAUUGAGGAUAACUUCCUAAGCCAGGCAACAGACAGCCCUACCAGGGGGGUUGUGAUACUGGACCUGAGUAAAGUCAGGAUACCAAAUUUUAGGAAAGCAAACUUCCAGGUCUUUAAGGAGUUAGUCAAUAGGACCCCCUAGGAAACUGCCCUUGGGGACAAGGGAGCAGAAUGGAGCUGGCAGAUCUUUAAGGACACUUUCCAUAGAGCACAAGAGCUCUUGAUCCCCAGGUGCGAGAAAUCGGGUAAGGAAGGCAAGAGGUUGCCAUGGCUCAAACAAGACCUGCUGGUCAAAAUAAAGGGUAAGGAGGACUUGUACAGGCAGUGGAAGCAGGGGCAGGUAAACUGGGAAGAGUAUAGGUAAACUGGGAAGAGUAUAAGGACACUGUCCUCUUGUGCAGAGAUGGAGUCAGGAAGACCAAGGCCCAGCUGGAGCUGAACUGGGCAUGGGAUACAAGAAUAACAAGAAAGGCUUCUUCCACAAAAGGGGAGUUGAAGCAUACCUUCCCAAUAAGCAAGACUGGCAAACUGGUAGCAAUGGACAAGGAGAAGGCUGAGGUACUCAACAACUCUUUUUCACCUCAGUCUUCACUGACAGCCUCUCUUACCACACUUCUUGAGUGGAUAAACUGCAAGACAGGGACUGGGGGGGCACUGUAAGAGAUACGGUUUGCGAUCACCUGAGGAACCUGAACAUAUGUAGGUCUAUGGGACUUGAAAAGAUAUAUCCAAGAAUCCUGAGUGAAUUGGUGAUGUAGUUGCCAAGCCGCUCUCAAUGAUACAUGAAAAGUCAUGGCGCUCAGGUGAAGUCCCCAGUGGCUGCAAAAAGGGAAACAUUUCACCCAUUUUUAAAAAGGAGUAGAAAGGAGGGUCCUAGGAACUACUGACCUAUCAACUUCACCUCUGUGCCUGACGGGACUGUGGAACAGAUUCUCCUAUAAGCUUUGGUAAGACACAUGGAAGAAAGGGAGGUGAUUUGAGAGAGCCAGCACAGCUUCACCAAGGGCAAGUCCUGUCUGACCAACCUAGCAGCCUUCUAUGAUGGAGUGACUGCAUAAGUGGACAAGGGAAGACCUAUGGAUGGUAUCUGUCUGGACUUCUAUAAAGCCUUUGAUAUGGUGCCUCCCAACGUCCUUCUCUCUAAUUGGGAGACAUAUGGAUUUAAUGGAUGGACUGUUUGGUGGAUGAGGAAUUGGCUAGAUGUUCAUAUCCAGAGGGUAGUGAUCAAUGGCUCAAUGUCUGGAUGGACACCAGUGACAAGUGAUGUCCCUCAGAGGUCUGUAUUGGGACCAGUACUCUUUAAUAACUUCAUAAUUUACAUAGACAGUGGGAUUGAGUACACCCUCAGUAAGUUUGCCGAUGACAUCAAGCUGAGUGGUGCAGUUUACGCACCUGAGGGAUGGGGUGGCAUCCAGAGGGACCUGGACAAGCUUGAGAAGUGGGCCUAUGUGAACCUCGUGAGGAUCAGCAAGGCCUGCACCUGGGUCAGGGCUCUGAGCAAACUGAUCUAGUUGAUGAUGUUCCUGCUCAUUGCAGGGGAGGUUGGACUAGAUGGGCUUUAAAAGUCCCUUCUAACCCUUAUUAUUCUAUGAUUCUGUACAGAUUAAUCUUUUUUUCUACUUUUUGUAGAAACUAUAAAAAAAAGAGAUGAUGGGCCAGUUUUCUCUAUAGACAAUCUGUCACAAAAGAGUCCAAGCCUUUCAUAAUAUACCACUUCCCAGUUGUUGACACAGACUGACAUGUUCAAAGGAGAAAGGUGUGAUGAGUCUUCUCUGUGUCUGAGUGAUACCUGGAUGCCCAAAUUGUAUCAUGUGGUUGUCAGCAGCCAUUGUAACUUAAAGUUGUGAAGUGCAGUCAAAAAUAUAUUAGGCUUGGAACAGAGACGGGAAAAGUUUAUUUGAAGGUAUCACUUCUGUGUCCUGCUUUCUGCCUUUAGUGCAUGCAAUGCAAGGAUAUAUUAAUGUAAAGAAAUGGGACUUUUUAAAAGGUGCAUUAGUUGUAAUUGCAAAAAUCUCAAACCCUUGUGAGUCUGAAUGUGCCCAGGUGAAAGCCAGUUCAGAUCUAUUUUAAAGGUACUGAGUUCAGUCUUGAGAGAGAAUUAGGUCACAGUAGUCAUUGAAUGUAGAUUAUUUAUUCUAGGAAAUAUAUAUUUUCUGAUAUAACUGAUAA